CAGCAUUGACACAAGGAAAGGAAUUGGACUUGAUCUAUAUCUUUCAGUGCGACAUUUGAAUUGCAUCAGCAUAUUACUAUUGUUAUUCCGCAAAUUCCAUCUAGUCUCCCCUCUUUCCUUAAGAAGCCAAUGGCGGAAAGUGUCAGACUUCAAGAGGGAUUCGCCAAAUUUGAGACAGGUUUCAUUGCGCCUUAUCUCUACAGUCUCGAGGUUGGUUUGCUGGAGUGGCUUUCAGAAGAUUGAUAAGAAUGUCCUAGGAUCAAUUUAAGCACUCUCUUUUGGACUCUUUCAAUGGCAGUAGUGUGUGAUUUUGUUUUGUACAAGCAAGAGGGCGAGAUAUGGUGUCUCAGAAAACUUUCUCCUGGCUUAAACCUAUAAGCACCCAAGCCAGCUCACUCCAAUCCGCAAUCACGAGACAUCAUCAUGAUCAAAAUACCGCAUUAGAGAUGACAGAUAAUGAGUUCUAUGAGCUGAGGACAUAUAAAAUCAUACCAUCAAGCUUCCCAGCAUUUUUAAAACUAACAAAUGAAAAUAUUCAUCCUAGACUAGAGCACUCCAAGUUGAUUGGCUUCUGGACUACUGAUAUAGGAGGUCUCAAUGAAGUCUUUCAUAUCUGGAAAUAUGAUUGUUUUGCUCAUCGGACUGGUGUACGUGCAGCAUUAGCCAAGGAUGACAUCUGGCAAUCUUCAUAUUUCUCUAAAGCAGUUCGUAUGAUGGAUGCUCAGGAUAAUGCUUCUGGAAUGCUGUUACCAUGGAAACCCCUUCAAGAUAAACCACUGAAGGAAGGAGGAAUCUAUGAGUUGAGAUCUUAUGUCAUAAAGCCAGGUGGUUUAGACAACAUGAAGACACGUAUCAUGAUGAGAGAUGAGUUCUAUUCCUCUAAUGGCUGUGGCAAGUUGAUAGGAGCUUGGAUGGGUGACAUUGGACAUGUCAAUAUGUUCUAUUCUCUGUGGAACUUUGUUAGUGCUGAUAAAAGACUUGAAGCAAGAACUGACUUCCUACAAUCUGAUGUGUGCAAAAGUCUCUCUCCAAAUGAGUUCCUGACGACAGAGAUGCGUUCAAAGAUAAUGACAGCAAAUCCUUUCUCACCACUCAAAUGAAGUCACAUACAGUCAGUCUUUAAUAGUAAUAUAACUUUCCAGGGUUUUAUGAAUUUAGGGUGUCAAUACAAGCUGAAUUUGCAAGUCGAAGUAUCCUGCAGUAAGUUUUUAAAGCGAUCACUGCUUUCAGACUUUGCAUAUUUAAAGGUCAAGUCCAUCCCAGGAAAAUGCUGACUUGAAUAAAUAGAGAAAAAUCAAAAUAGCAUAGUGCUGAAAAUUUUAUCAAAAUCGGAUGUAAAAUAAGAAAGUUAUGACAUUUUAAAGUUUCGCUUAUUUUUCACAAAACAGUGAUAUGCACAACUAGGUGAGUCAGUCGAUGAUGUCCAUCACUCACUAUUUCUUUUGUUUUUUUUAUUGUUUGAAUUAUACAAUAUUUCAUUUUUUUAUAGAUUUGACAAUAAGGACUAACUUGAUUGAACCAUAUAUUAAACAAUGCUAAUUCCAAAUGUUCAGGGAAGAAUUAAUUGUAUCACUUGACAAUAAGGAGAAAAUUAGAAUAUUUCAUAUUUCAUAUAAUAAAAUAAAAAAGAAAUAGUGAGUGGAUGACGUCAUAGUCUCCUCAUUUGCAUACCAGCCAAGGAUGUGCAUAUAACUGUUUUGUGAAAUUAAGCGAAACUUUAAAAUGUCAUAACUUUCUUAUUUAACAUCCGAUUUUGAUGAAAUUUUCAGUGUUAUGCUUGUUUGAUUUUUCUCUUAUUAUUCAAAUCAACUUUUUGUUGGGGUGGACUUGUCCUUUAAAAGGAUCUUUGGUUCAUCUUAACAGAUUUUGAAAAAAAUGGUUGCAUCUACAAAGGAUGAAGUCAUGGUCAGCGCUUGAGGCUACAUUUUGGCAGCAAAUUUCACUUGAAAUUGCAAGUCAAAGUAUCCUGUCAUAAGUUUUUAAAUUCAAGUUUUUAAAGUGACCACUGCCUUCAGACUUUGCAUAUUUAAGGGUCUUUGGUUCAUCUUCACAGAUUUUGUAAAAAAGAAAUGGUUGCAUUUCAUAGGGAUGAAGUCAUGGUCAGCCCUUGAGGCUACAUUUUGGUCUCGCUUUGGGUAGAGUCGAAUAUAUGCAAAGUCUACGAGGAAAGUCUUCUCCAGAUGCCUCAUGAUUUGGAAUCCCUGCCUUGAAUUCACCUCUUGCAAUGAGUAUACAUUGUGACAAGUUGGAAUCAGACUGUUUGUUUUGACUGCAUAUUAAUUUACAAUCUUCAUGUAACAAAGAUCAUGUAUUGUUUAUAAAGAUGGAACUACAAAAUUUGGUGGAUUCACAAUAUGGUGCACCAUCUAUAGUUUGCAGCAGACAGGCCGAAAUUUGCAAUGCCUUAUGGGAAAAAGUUGACAUCGGUUGCAUGCUAGUGCAUGCAUGCGAUUAUGCUGUGCUGGCCAAUGCGACUUGACCGGUUUACUAGGGUCCAGGAGGUGGGAGAGAAAUUUACCGCAUAUUUCUUUGCGAAAUUUAGACCGUUUUCUGUGAGUUCUUCCUCCGCGUUUGCCAAAUCGUUUUCAUUUUUUAAGCAUCUCAGUCACAUUACAGUACACUAGCACUGUGCGCUGCCCGCGCGCGAUGUCGACCCCAAAGUUAGAAAUUUGGCCUGUUCACUGCAUCCGAUAGAUGGUGCACCAUAUUGUGAAUCUACCUAACUGAAAACAGAAGUGAUUAAUGGUUUAGUGUACAUCCAAAAAGAAUCAGCUGUGGUAUCUUUUGCAUCCUCUCUUCAGAAGAUUUCCCCCAGGAAUUAAACUUUCUGUAGCUUUGUCUAGUCUGCCUAUCAUCCAAAAUGUGUCAUAGUCGAUCAGUUUCUGAUGUCCCGAAAGAUUUUCCUAAAGACAACUUACAUUUAUUAUUGAAGUGGUUUGAAGCAAACCUGCCAACCUUCUACGACAAAAAAAGUAUUCUUAGAAGGAAAAAAAAAGUAAUUUUUUGUCUUGAUGUAAUAAUCGCCAACCUGUUGUGAUAUCGGUGAAAAAACAUGUGAAAUGACUCUACUUGAAAACAUGAUAAUUCACCAAUUUAAACACGUGCUCGUAGGCAAGAAUCUACUUGUUCUUUCAUGCAACAAGUUAUUGGCCUGACAAUGAUUUUUACUGGUCUGGGACCGUCGGACCGGCGCUAAUGUCACGCGCUGUGUAUUAUACAUACUCCAUGAUUCAAAAUUUAAAAAAAAGUAACAAAUCAUACAAAAAAAGUAUUGGCGUAUUUAUAGAAAAAAAAGAGGAACAAAUAAUCUAAAAAGGGAACAGUUGACUGACAUGUCUGUUUGAAACCUAUCUUUUGUUUGGGUAUAUCCCUCCAAAAGUUUAUUCAACUUUUCCAUUUCAUUACUAGAUUAUAACCAUGCUUAUUUAACCAUUGUUCAUUAGAAUAUCUUAAUGUAUUCUGUCGAGUUUCUGUCACUGACUUGAAGCCUAUCUUGUGUUUGGGUAUAUCCCACCAAAAGUUUAUUCAACUUUUCCAUUUCAUUACAAGAUUAUAACCAUGCUUAUUUAACCAAUGUUCAUUAGAAUUUCUAAAUGUAUGCUGUCAAGUUUUUGUCACUGACCUCUAAAAUAAGAGUGGAUUCACACAAGUUUCUGUGUAAAUCAUUUAGGAUGUGCCUCAAUAUUUAUUGUUUAUGUGCCAUGCGUGAAUGAUUUGCUAAGCUUUUGGUCUCACAUUAAAGAAGAGUCUCCAUACUUACCAUAAGUGUCAAAUUUAUAGCAAAAUAAUAUCUAAUAAUUGCGAAAUUCAUCUCUCAAAAUGGGUUUCCUUUUUUGUGGGAUGCACUGUAUAUUCAUGAUUAAGACAACGUAAUUAUGAUUAUGUACAUUCCUUGAUCAAUGUUUGCCUUAACUUGUCAUUUAUGUUUCGUCUUCCACAAUUAAAUGGUGCUUAGCACAAAUACAAA